GUUUCCUGGUUCGCAACAAGAAGCCGAGGUCAAUCAAAGCAACAAGCUCAUUAGCUUUCAACGUUAUUAACCCCUGAAAUCUGGGGUACGCACACUUGCUGGGGAAUAAUGAAGGCUUUCUGGACUUCACCGAAACACAGCAGUAAACAUGUCAUCCUCGCAGAGCUCAGACGCCGGCUCACGAUCCUCCUCCUCCUCCUCUAAGCCCGAGCGCAUUGAUCCCAUCUUGCGAAACGCGUUACGAUAUACCGUGAGCCCGAGAGAAUACCAGCUCCUUCACCAGUAUCUUCUAUCGCGUACGCCUCCUGCGGUACGAAAGCGAACGCCCGCUCCUCGACGGUACGAUGCCAUUUCCAAGGGAUCCGAUGAUUACAACGCGGCCGCCAUACGUGCCUCAUUGAGGCUUGCAGUCGUCACUUUUUCGAGCUUGAAAGCAUGGGAACUGAUCACAUCCAAAUUGUUGGCACGCGGUGCAGCGCAGCAAAGCCCUCGCCGUCGUACACCCGCCUGGAAAUCACCCAACGUCCGGUUGACUUGCUCUCUAUCGCUUAUACUGCUGUUCCACCGGCUCCUUCGACGCUUCUUCCUGAGACUACGUGAAAGCUUGCUCACCAAUGAAGCGAGACCCUUCCGGAGACGCAAUCCGCGCAUAUCGCGGUCCCUGACCUCUCGAAUGGCUCCAGCCAUAGGCUCGAGCUUGGCCGGAUUCUUCCUGGCCGUGUACCCCGGAGACCAAUUGCGCAUAACAAUAGCCAUAUAUGUCAUGACCAGGGCGCUGGAGUUCUGCUAUAACUACCUGGAAGAGCAAGGCUACUUCAAGAACAGGCCAAAAUGGUUCGGCUCCUGGAUGCUCAUGCCCGUAGCCUGCGGCCAGCUGUUCCACGCCUUCAUCUUCGACCGCGACUGUUUCCCCUCGACCUACGCCAACCUUCUCGCCAACAACUCCCCCUCCUACAUCCAAAAACGGCCAGAAAAAUACCCCAAAGGCCUCUCCUGGCCCACACCCUUCUCCAUCGUCGAUAACGUCGCCCAAAUCUCCCGCUCCCGCUGGCCCCCCUUCACCUCCCCCAUCCUCUUCCCAGACACCGAAACCCUCCCCAAGUCUCUCACCGCUGCCUCCCCGAUUACCUCUCCCGCCCACCCAGCCAUAAGAUCCCUCUCCUGCGCCCUCCUCCACCCAAGCGACCCCUCCUGCCUCCGCACCUACCUCUCCUACUGGCUCCAAGCCUUCCCCAAAGUCGCCCGCCUCUUCACCAUCAUCCUCACCGCCCUCUCGCUCCCCAAGUACCGCGCCUUCCUCGACUCCCCCAUCAGCGCGCUCAAUAACCUCGCCAAAUCCAUCCUGAGGAUGAGCGUCUUCAUCUCCGGCGCCAUCGGCACGAGCUGGGGCUCUAUCUGCCUCUUCCAGCACCUCCUCAGCCGCAAUUUCCUGCCCACGCAGCGCUUUUUCUUCGGCGGGUUCCUGGGCGGCUUGUGGGCGUAUCUGGUGCGGCAGCGUGGGAGGAGCAAUUUCCUGUACACGGCGCGCAUGUCGAUUGAUUCGUUCUGGAAGGUUGGAGUCAAGAGGGGAUGGUGGAGGGGGAUCAAGAACGGGGAUGUAUUGCUCUUCACCGUGAGUUUGGCGGUGGUGAAUGUGCUCUAUGAGAUUGAGCCGCGGAGCGUGAAUAGUGGGGUUGCGAGGAAGGGGCUGGGGGUGCUCAGGGGAGAAGGGUGGGUGGAUAGGGCGUUGUUGCCGAAGGAGGAGGAGAGGAAGGAUGAUUGAUGAGUUGAAGGGGACUGGGGGACGAGUGUAUUAUGGACCUAAGGGGGGCAUGGUUACGAGUAAUGAUUGUUCUUUAUUGGGAGGUUGUGCUGUUGUAAGCUUAGUGCGGGAGGGAUCCUGCUAGCGUAAUGUGUUUUCUUAUUAUUUAAACCAGUACGAAUAAGUAUAGUGUUUAGAGCUACUACUUGACAUUCCCUUAGCUGGAGGAUGCCUCCAGAGCGUCAAAUGGUGCCACGCC